AUGUCUGCGCCCGUUGGUCCUAUCAUGCAGCAGCUCGCUACCCUGCCAGCUCGCUCAAGACAGGGUCUGAGCAACCUACGACAGAGACUCUUCCAGCAGGGUGAGAAGCCAAAGAAAGAAAGUCACUUUCUUCGAACCUCUUUCAGUGCCCAUCGUCCCGUAUGGGUUACCGCUGCUGGUGGUGCUUAUACCAGUCUCGCCGCUGUUUAUCUCACUAUGCGCUACCUAAGACGUAUUCGAUAA